AUGACUCACAAGCCUACCCUUCUUCCGAACACGGCCAACGGGACUGGCGUAAAAAGGACAAGAAUACUAUCCGUGCAGAGUCUGAACGUACCGGGUCAGAGCAACGCUGAUAGCCAACAGCGAUGGGAAGAAGAAGUACGACGAGAUAGCCUGGAGGCACAGGCCCUUUUAGAAGCGGCGGAAGCGUUGCGAACGCGCGAUGUCCCAGUCGCAUUUCCGACAGAAACCGUAUACGGCCUGGGGGCAGAUGCGACGAGAAGUGCCGCCGUUCAAGGCAUUUACAAGGCAAAGCAACGGCCGUCGGACAAUCCCCUGAUUGUCCAUGUCCAUUCUCGAGAACAACUUGAAGGUCUCCUCCAACCGCCAAAAUGCCCCAAAUCUCAGCAAACUACUGCGCAAUCGUCCUCUCUUAUCCCACCUAUAUAUGAACCUCUUAUACAACGAUUUUGGCCCGGUCCCUUAACGAUCCUAAUCCCAAACCCCCCUCAUUCGCCACUGGCCCCCGAAGUGACUUCCAAUCUCUCCACAUUCGGUGUUCGCAUGCCAUCCUCUUCACUAGCUCGUCUUUUGAUUCGACUCGCCGACCGUCCUUUGGCUGCCCCUUCUGCAAACGCCUCUACAAAGCCUUCUCCAACGACGGCUCAACAUGUAUACACAGACCUUCGCGGCCGUAUUGAUAUCAUUUUAGACGGUGGUCCUUGCGGAGUGGGAGUUGAAAGCACUGUGGUUGACGGCUUAAGCCAGCCACCGGCAAUAUUGCGGCCUGGUGGGGUUGGAAUCGAAGAGAUACGCUCGUGUCGGGGCUGGGAAGAUGUCCGUAUUGGAUACAAAGACGGUGCUUUGCAGGGUAGGACCGCGCCUAGAGCACCGGGAAUGAAAUACAGGCAUUAUUCACCGAAAGCUAAAGUCGUCCUAUUCGAAAGUGGUCAGCCUAUGUCAUCGGUUAUAGAACGAAUAUUACGAGAACAAGCAUCCUCCAGCCCAAUAAAAAUUGGUGUUAUUCGAACUAGAACGUGGGAAAAAGGUCUAGCCAUGCCUGUUGACCGAGUUUCCCCUGAAUCACUAAACGGCCACAGGGAUACUUCUCUAGGCCUAGAUGAUACCCCUUCACCACCUGAUACCCAAAUCCAACAACUCUCCGUUCUUUCUUCUGAGUCAAAAUCAAAUUCCCCCCCUUGCGCAAUGGACAUGAUAGAUAUAUCCCUUGGAGCCGACACGCACUCUAUUGCACGAGGUCUUUUUUCUGCGUUACGUAGCCUCGAUGCACAUAACGUUUCUACCAUAUAUGUCGAAGGCAUUCCGGAGACCGAAGGAGACCUUGCAGCAGCAAUAAUGAAUAGACUACGGAAGGCUGCUGAGGAGGAAAUCAAAAGUUGA